GGGACGGGCCAAGAUGGCGGCAGUAGAGGAGGAAGGCUCGGCGGCGGAGCCGGAGCAGGAGCCGGGGCCGGCGGCGGAGGAGCCACGGAGCUUCAAGGACUUGGGAGUGACAGAUGUCCUGUGUGAAGCUUGUGACCAGUUGGGAUGGAAGGUGCCAACGAAGAUCCAAAUUGAGGCUAUUCCAGUGGCUCUCCAAGGCAGGGAUGUCAUUGGACUGGCAGAAACUGGCUCUGGGAAAACAGGAGCCUUUGCUUUGCCAAUUCUCCAAGCGCUGCUGGAAACACCUCAGCGAUUAUUUGCUCUUGUGCUCACACCAACAAGGGAGCUGGCCUUUCAAAUCUCAGAGCAGUUUGAAGCUCUUGGGUCCUCCAUUGGUGUUCAAAGCACGGUUAUUGUGGGUGGAAUUGACACAAUGUCUCAGUCUCUGGCCUUAGCCAAGAAACCACAUGUUAUAAUUGCAACCCCUGGCCGUCUGGUUGAUCAUCUGGAGAACACAAAGGGCUUCAACUUACGAGCUCUGAAGUUCCUGGUGAUGGAUGAGGCUGACCGGAUCCUUAACAUGGAUUUCGAGACCGAGGUGGAUAAGAUAUUAAAAGUGAUUCCCCGAGAUAGGAAGACAUUCCUCUUUUCUGCCACCAUGACCAAGAAGGUUCAAAAACUCCAGCGUGCUGCUCUGAAGAAUCCUGUUAAAUGUGCUGUUUCUUCCAAGUAUCAGACAGUUGAAAAACUACAGCAAUACUAUAUUUUCAUCCCCUCCAAAUUCAAGGACAGCUACCUGGUUUAUAUCUUGAAUGAACUGGCUGGUAACUCUUUCAUGAUCUUCUGCAGUACAUGUAACAAUACUCAGAGGACUGCUCUGCUGCUCCGCAACCUGGGCUUCACCGCCAUUCCCCUCCACGGGCAGAUGAGUCAGAAUAAACGUUUGGGCUCUCUGAACAAGUUCAAGGCAAAGGCACGUUCUAUUCUCCUGGCUACUGAUGUUGCAAGCAGAGGUCUGGACAUCCCACAUGUGGAUGUGGUGAUAAACUUUGAUAUUCCUACACACUCUAAGGAUUACAUUCACCGUGUUGGGAGAACAGCUCGAGCUGGGAGAUCUGGCAAAUCUAUCACCUUUGUCACGCAGUAUGAUGUAGAGCUGUUCCAGCGCAUUGAACACCUGAUUGGCAAGAAGCUGCCAGCAUUCCCCAUGCAAGAGGAAGAAGUUAUGAUGCUGACAGAGCGUGUGGCUGAGGCCCAGAGGUUUGCUCGAAUGGAGCUGCGGGAGCAGGGAGAGAAGAAGCGAUCUCGGAACGAUGAUGAUGACACAGAAGAGGCUAUUGGUGUCAGGAAUAAGGUGGCAGGAGGGAAAAAGAAGAAAAGGAAAGCCUAGUUUGCUAUUUGAUCAAACUUUUUUAUUUAUCUCUUUAUGGCUAUCUGAGCUAUCAAAAACAGUCAACAAGCCAUCUCCAGUGGAUUUUUUUUCAGAACUACAUAUGAAAUUUGGCAGUCCUGGCUCAUUCACUCUGAAGUGCAGUGUGAGUGCACCUUUUGAACUGCUGCAGCCUGUCCCACUAUCCGAUCUCUGAGUGCAUCUGGAGUCAGAUCUGUCAGAAGAAGGAGGAAAAAGUUAAAAAGAAGUGACUGAGUUUUCACAGCAUAGCUGUGAUGCCCUUGCUUUGGAGAACGGAUGUGUUACAUUGAGAACUCAAAAUGUAUUUUGCCUAAUUUUAAAACUACCUGGUUUUCCUUGUCUUGUCACUGACCUGUUCUAUUCACUUUGUGUAUCAGCUCUGCCAGAAGGUUUUCUUCUCGGGUCAAUCCUGGCAAUUCAGAUGUGACAUCAAUACCUUAGAUUUGUCAGCUGAGGAGCAGUCCAGCACAGAGAGAACAAGCUUCAGCAGGAUGAAACAUUCACUGCCUGGAAUUCCAUCCAAUACCUGCUAAUGAUUGACACCAUCAAGGAUAGGUCUGGGUUUUGGGUGGGGUUUUUGUGGCCGAUUCUCGUAGUACUUACAAGUGAACACAAGAGGGAGGUAUUUACGUGGGAAAGCAACGCAAAGCUGGGAGGUGCAGAAAAACAGGUAUCCUGGAAAGCUCUUUGUUUCCCUGGGCAGGGAAUUUUGUUACUCUUAGGCAGAGUUCCAUGCCAGACAAGUAGACUUUUGCAAGAAUGAGAUAAGUGUACUUGAUACAAAACCAGAAGGUUACUGCUAGUUCUCACUGACAAUAAAAAUUUUCAUACAGGAUGUUCCUGUUGGUAGGCAGAGUGAGGAGCUCCUGCGUAUGUAAAUUUACUGAAAACAUAAUGUCCAGUAUUCAUAAACUGGAUUUUGUGCUACAUGAAAAACAACGUUCAAAAUAGUCCUUUUUAGAUCUAAAUGGAAAGUAGAAUCUAUUGCAGUAGUCAAGAUGAGCACAGUGGUUAUUUCACACUGUUGGCAUAAAUCUAGUAUCUACAUGUAUGCUGGUCAGAAUGCUUUUACACUUUUGUUAGGGGCAGCACGUUCUGCAAAGAAAUGCCAGAAAACCUAAGUCUGUUUUUUACGAGGGACUGAGAUACUCUUUGGAAUAAAAACAGUGACAGUGUUCUCACUCUUUAUUUAUGAUGUAGCAGUUUACUUAAAUGUCCCAAACAUCUUCAAGUCUGGUAGCUCUAAAAUGGUCUUGAGUAAGUGGCAGAUUGUAAGUGUACAAAUCUUGGGUGUGUUCACUGCUAAGAGCCUUUUCUGUAAAGGAGAAUGAGUGUUUACCUCCCCUGGGUCCUAGCAUGUCACAGACAUCUUUUGUGAAAAAUCCUUUCUUUAGGAUUUUCCCUCUUCUGGGAAGCUGAGGCCCCAGAAAGAGAGUGUAAGCAAUGGUUGUCUGCUGCUGUGGAAUAUAACAGGUGCACCUGUGAUUGGUCCAUGUUCCAUGUUUACAAUUAAGGGCCAGUCAGAGACUGAGCUCUCUCUGGGACAGAAUCAGAGAGAGCUCUCUUGUUGAUUCUAUUUCUGUGCUAUUCUUAGCUUAGCAGCUUCCGAACUUCUCUCUCUAUUCCUAUUAGUAUAGUCUUAAUGUAGUAUAUAUCCCAACUUAAUAAAUCAGCCUUCUGAUCAUGAGAUCAAGAUUCUCGUCUCUCUCUUCACCCCUGAAGACCCUUGCAAGCCUUGUAACAACUGGUGACCCCUCGUUGUAAGGACAAAAAUUAAUUUGAUAAGACCCCAGAGGAGCAAGAGCUGCACUGGGUAAACCCCGAAGGCAGCAGUUAUGGUUGCUUUACAAGUGACCACAGAAGUGGAUUUUAGCAGGAGCUGAAGAACUGAAGAUCCUGAUUUGGACAGAGUUCACAGCCAAGGCUGACCACAAAGCGAACCUGAAAAACCUCUGGGAAGAUGGUCGGAAGGAGCAGCAGAACUGUGGAGCUGGCCAGAGCAUGCUGGGCUCUUUCAAAAGGUACUGUUGGCUUUUCCCUUCCUGAUGAUGCAGCCCUGCCUAGUUUGUGGCUGUUCAUAUGGGGAACGCCCCCUUUAGAGGAUGAGGUUCAAUUUUCUCCUUCAGAGGAGAAACUUAUUGCCCUCUGGCAAAAAUGGGGUGAAGAGGAUGGACUUUCCCUGUCAGAAACAGAUCUCUAUGAGUUUUUUCGAUGGGCAAAGCUUUUUGGGUUUUUUACUGAUGUGCUAUAUGCCCCACGUGCACUCCGACAGAGACUGCGACUGCGCCUCCACAGCAGACCCCAGAGUCAGCGGCAGAAGACGGCGCCGACCCCGUGCCGUGCCUGCCGCCGCUUUCAGAGCCAAGGGACACAGCAGUGGCGUGUGCCUGCGCAUCCCCGCCGCCUCAAACCGAGACAGUCCCUGUUCAGGAUGGUGCUGAAAACGGCGCUGAACCCACGGGACCCUCGAAGCAGCCCACGGCCGUUCCUACACCCAGCGUGAUUUCCCGCCCGAGUGUUUCGGGUUGUCCUGGGGCUGCCCCUGCUGGGGGAGCUGGGACAGGGGAAGAGGGCGUCAGUCGCUCCUUCCGUGAAGCCGGCAUGGCCCGACAGCUGGGGGCAGCCCGCCUGCCUGCGUUGAAGAUCGGCAUUCUCGGCGGGUUGGGGAGUGUUUGGUCGGUUGCUGCCCCGUGGAGGUUGCCAUCUCUGCCGCCCCUCUUGUGCCCUAGUGGCGAGGGGCCGGUGGGUUCUGCCGAAAGUUCUGCCUUUGGUCCCCAGCCCGGUGGGGGUGGUGCCAUGAGGCAGAUGGGAGACACACCUGAUGCAUUUGCAUUGCAGAGGCAGGGGGCACAGCGGGAAGCGAUCAUGGCUUGCUUGCUGUGGGGAACAAAACAUUGCUAGAUCCGAGAUGAGGAUUUUUGGGGCUGCUUCUAUUUCCCUGCUGCUGGCAUGCCUCAGUGGUUUUGGGGAAAGGAAGCGUCUCACCACCCGUGCUGCCAUUGUAUUGGCAGCAGGGUGCAGGCCUGUAGGAAUGCAGAGCCUGCCUCGUGGGUUUGGCCUGGGCUGUUGGGCUCAGGAAGUCCCUGGGCCAGGGCCACUGCCUGGCCUCCUGAUGGCUGUGGGGGUUGUGGUUUCCCCUACCGGUCCUGGCCCACCUUUUGUGGGCCAGCUUUGGGGUUCCUGGUCCGUUCAUGGGCCAGGGCCCCCCAGGGCCUUUCUUUCUCUGGCUCUGCUCUGCUGCUGCUGCUCUUUUCGAUCACAAACAAACAAACAAAAAACCCCCAAAUUUUUAAAUUAAAUAAAGAAGAUUGAAAUAGCUGGCAGCAGCUCUGAAACAUUGAAGGGCCAGAAAAGGACAUUCCAGAAGUUGUUCAAAAUUGAAUGGUUUUUGAUAACUAUUGAUGGACUUUUUCUGCAGCAAGCCUGAUUCAGGACCAAAAAGGACUUUCAGAUAUGUCCAAGAGGAAGAUCUUCAGCCCAUGGAAUGUUCCUGAAACUCAGCUGCUUGGACUUGAAUUUUCUUAGCGUUGUUUUUUGCAUUUUCUUAUAUUGUAAGAGUGUUUCAGUGAUUUGAUAGAACUGUAUGUUCUACAGGUGAAGAAAUUUCCUGUUCAUUCCACAUCAGCAUUUUUCUUUUUAAUUUAUAGAAUUUGGAAAGGUGAAAUGUCACAGACAUCUUUUGUGAACAAUCCUUUCUUUAGGAUUUUCCCUCUCCUGGGAAGCUGAGGCCCCAGAAAGAGAGUGUAAACAAUGGUUGUCUGCUGCUGUGGAAUAUAACAGGUGGCCCUGUGAUUGGUCCAUGUUCCAUGUUUACAAUUAAGGGCCAGUCAGAGACUGAGCUCUCUCUGGGACAGAAUCAGAGAGAGCUCUCUUGUUGAUUCUAUUUCUAUGCUAUUCUUAGCUUAGCAGCUUCCGAACUUCUCUCUCUAUUCCUAUUAGUAUAGUCUUAAUGUAGUAUAUAUCAUAACUUAAUAAAUCAGCCUUCUGAUCAUGA